AUGCGUGCCUUUCCCUGUGGCUCGGGGCUGGGAACAGAAGUUCAUUUACUGAUCAGAGAGGUCCCUGAGAGGCCGCGCUGCUCCUUCUCCCACAUUCACUGGGGAGACUUGCUCUGCAAGUGCAAUUGCAGGCGGUUCGGGAGCACACACCCCAGACCUGCCGCCCACUGCUUCUGUGCCUCUGCAUCUGCCACCGUGGGCCCCAAGUUCCAGCGACUUCUCCUGUCCCACACUCUCCGCUUUGCUCCCUGUGUGUCCUGAAGGAAGGGGAUGUGCUCCCGAGAUUUUCCACAGCAAUUUGCAUGGCAUAUAAAUGACCCCCUUGGUGAAAUACAUAAUGAUCAAACAAUGGCUGCCAACAAACACACCUCAGAUCAACUUGAGCAACUAUCCAGUAAUAAGCCACCACAGGGCCCUACUUGUCAUGCUGCUGAACCUUCAGGUGAUGACAGCAUUUGAAGACCUGGCUGUGUACUUUACAUGGGAAGGAAUGGCAGAAAAUGAACAAUGCUCAGAAAAUCCUGUACAGAGAUGUGAUGCUGGAGACCUACAGCAGCCUGUUCUCCUUGGGGCACUGCAUUACCAAACCUGACUUGAUCUUCAAAUUGGAGCGAGGAGAAGAGCCAUGGAUCGUGGAUGAAUGCUUGAAUCUGAGCCUUUCAGUGGUCAUGAAAAGGGAUGACCUGAUUAGGAUCAACCAGGAAAGUCAGGACAAAAAUCUGAAUCAGGAUUUUAUGAAAAAUAACAAGACAUCAGCUCUCAAGAGAAUUGAAUUAAGAAAAACACUUAGUUUAAAUUCAAGCCAUGUUCCAACACUGAUUAUUAAAAAGGGAAUCUAUUCAGGAUUGAAGCCUGAGGAAUGCAAUAAAUGUCACACUGUGUAUCCCCCCAGUGGGCCUGAUCAACUACAGGCUGGAGAGAAAUUUGAUAACACUAAGAUACCUGGAAAAUCUCUCCAGUUCUGUGAGCCUCCUAGCCAGCUUGACAAUAUUCACAUCAUGAAGCAGCCAUUUGGACCCACUGGACAAGCAAAAGUCUUCACAAGAAAGAUGUUCUGUAAAUCUGAGAGGGUUCAUAUGGCAGAAAACUGUAAUAAGUCAACUGUCACUUUUGGAAAAGCAACGCAAGUAGAAAAAGCUAUCCAUGAAAAUUCUAGCCUCAAUAUGCAUCAACAAACUCACACAAGAAAGAAAUUUUAUAAGUACAUUAUGUAUGUUGAACCUGUCAUUCACCAGUCACAUCUUACAAUAAACCAGAGACUAAAUACAAGGGAAAAACUUUACACAUGUAAACCUUGUGGAAAAUCACUCAGUUUUAAUUCACCUUCUGAAUGUAAUGACUGUGGAAAAGCCUUUGGACAAAAGUCAGUCCUCAGGAAACAACAGAAAGUUCACAGAGGGGAGAAACCUCAUGAAUGUAGUGUCUGUGGAAAAGCCUUUGGACAAAAGUCAAACCUCAUCAUACACCAGCAAAUUCACACAGGGGAGAAACCUCAUAAAUGUAAUAACUGUGGAAAAUCCUUUGGACAAAAGUCAAACCUCAUCAUACACCAGCAAAUUCACACAGGGGAGAAACCUCAUAAAUGUAAUGACUGUGGAAAAGCCUUUGGACACAAGUCAAACCUCCUCAUACAUCAGCGAAUUCACACAGGAGAGAAACCUCAUAAAUGUAAUGACUGUGGAAAAUCCUUUGGACAAAAGUCAGACCUCAUCAUACACCAGCGAAUUCACACAGGGGAGAAACCUCAUAAAUGUAAUGACUGUGGAAAAGCCUUUGGACAAACGUCAGGCCUCAGGAAACAUCAGCGAAUUCACACAGGAGAGAAACCUCAUAAAUGUAACGACUGUGGAAAAGCCUUUGGACACAAGUCAGGCCUCAGGAAACAUCAGCGAAUUCACACAAGGGAGAAACCUCAUAAAUGUAAUGACUGUGGAAAAGCCUUUGGACGAAAGUCAGAGCUCCUCAUACACCAGCGAACUCACACAGGGGAGAAACCUCAUAAAUGUAAUGACUGUGGAAAAGCCUUUGGACGAAAGUCAGACCUCAUCAUACACCAGCGAAUUCACACAGGGGAGAAACCUCAUAAAUGUAAUGACUGUGGAAAAGCCUUUGGACAAAAGUCAAGCCUCAUCAUGCAUCAGCGAAUUCACACAGGAGAGAAACCUCAUAAAUGUAACGACUGUGGAAAAGCCUUUGGACAAAAGUCAAACCUCAUCAUACACCAGCGAAUUCACACAGGGGAGAAACCUCAUAAAUGUAAUGACUGUGGAAAAACCUUUGGACAAAAGUCACACCUCCUCAUACACCAGCGAAUUCACACAGGGGAGAAACCUCAUAAAUGUAAUGACUGUGGAAAAGCUUUUGGACGAAAGUCACACCUCAUCAUACACCAGCAAAUUCACACAGGAGAGAAACCUCAUAAAUGUAACGACUGUGGAAAAGCCUUUGGACACAAGUCAGGCCUCAGGAAACAUCAGCGAAUUCACACCGGAGAGAAACCUCAUAAAUGUAAUGACUGUGGAAAAGCCUUUUUCUAUAAGUUAUACUCAUAUCAAAACAAUCAUACAGGGCAGGAACCUUAUGAAUCUAGUAAGUGUGGAAAAGCCUUUAUAAAUCAUGUUGUGAAUUCUGUGGUAUGAUAUGAGCUAUGAUUUAUAACAUGGGAGAGACUUCAUGAAUGCAAUGACUGUAGAAAAGCCCUUGGCAAUGUCACAUCUCAGAAUGCAUCAGAAAAUGCACAGGAAGAGAAACCUUUUGGACAUAAUGACUUGGAAAGCUUUUUCCCAUAAUUCAGCCCUCAUUGCACAUCAUCUAAUUCAUAUGGGGGAAAACACUUCGGAUAUAAUGCAUAUGGAAAAGCCUUUAUCCAUAAGUAACACCUCAUAAAACAUCAGAAUUCACAUGGGGGAGAAACCUUAUGAAUGGAAUGAAUGUUGGAAAACUCUGCCAAAAUCACACAAUAUAACAUCAGAGAAUUUAUUACAUGGUGGAAAUCUUGUAAUAAAUGUGGGAAAGCCUUUUGUCAGAAGGAAUACCUCAUAACAUGUAGAUCAAACAAGGGAGAGAACUUAAGAAUAUAAUGAAUGUGAAGGACUUUUUGCAAAAUCAACAUAACCAUGUGACAGAGCCUUUUGCUGGAAAUUACAUCCCAUACAAUAGGCACUCCCAUAAGGAAGAAAGGUUGGGACCAGCGCUGUGGCACAGUAGGUUAAAGCCCUGGCCUAAAAUGCCUGCAUACCACAUGGGCACUGGUUCUAGUCCCAGUUGCUCCUCUUCCGAUCCAGCUCUCUGCUAUGGCCUGGGAAAGCAGUAGAAGAUGGCCCUGCACCCACAUGGGAGACCCAGAAGAAGCUCCUGACUCCUGGCUUUGGAUUGCUGCAGCUCCAGCCAUUGCAUCCAUCUGGGGAGUGAACUAGCAGAUGGAAGACCUCUUUCUGCUUCUCUGUCUCUCUCUAACUCUGUCUUUCAAAUAAAAAAAUUAAAUUGUUAAAAAAAAUGAAGUUCAGAAAUAUUAGUGUGACAAAAAGCCAUUUGUCAGAAAUGGCAUUAUACAUCAGAAAAUUCACACAAAGGGUUUCUUAGGAGUGUAAUGAAUGUGGAAGUAUAUUUUCAUAGAAUUCAGGCUUGCAUAAAUAUGCAACUCAAAAAAGGUGAUAUCCUUCAAGUGCAACAGACCUCAAAAAACCAUAGCCAGAAAUUAAACAUCAGGCUGGCACCGUGGAGCAAUAGGUUAAUCCUCCACCUUCUAUGCUGGCAUCCAUAUAGGUGCCAGUUCUAGUCCCAGCUGCCCCUCUUCAAUCCAGCUCUUUACUGUGGCCUGGGAAAGCAGUAGAAGACAGCCCAAGUGCUUGGGCCUCUGCACCCACAUGGAAGACCAGGAAGAAGCACCUGGCUACUGGCUUCAGAUCAGUGCAGCUCUGGCCAUUGUGGCCAUUUGAGGAGUGAAUCAACAGAAGGAAGACCUUUAUCUCUGUCUCUCUCACUGUCUGUAACUCUACCUGUCAAAUAAAUAAAAAUCUUUAAAAAAAAGAAAACAAGAAAUUAAACAUCAACUAACAUCAGAGAAUUCAUACAGUAAAAUUUCAAUUUAAUGCAUGUGAAAAAAUUUUUCUGCCAUUAAUCAAUUCACAUGAAGAGACUCCAAAAUGAGAAAACAUACAUGCAUAGAAAAGUCAUGUACCAUGGCCAUGGUGAUUUCACUUUUAUUGUAAGAUCAUCAUCACCCCCAACAUUCUGUAAGUUGCCCUGGAAACUGUCAGGUACACAGUGUCUCAGGGCCAUUUUAGCCAAGGGUAAUAAUUCUUUCUCCUCAAUGUAAUAUAUAUAUAUAUAUAUAUGAAUAUAUGUAACAUAUAUAACAUACAUAUAUUUUAUACAUAGAUAAAUUUGCCACUGUGUGUCUAGAUACUAGUAUAUUUCCUGAAAAUUAUGCGGGAAAAUAGUGGGAUCUUAAUGUGAUUUUUAUCCCAGAAUUAUGUAUGUUUAUUUAAUUUUAGAGGUUGGUAGACUUGGAGACACAGAGAAACAGAGAUUAUGAGCUACAACUUGGUGGCUUACUCUUCAUUCUUGUAAUGAUCAGAAACUGGAUUAUUACAGAAAGCUGAGCUAUUCUUUUCUGAUGAUAAAUACAUUAUAAACAUUUCAAAAGGUUGCUCUAUAUAUUUAUAUUAUAAAUUAUAUAUAUGUACAUUUAUAUUGUAAUGUCAUAAAUUAAACACACACACAUAUAUAUUAUAUAUAUAAACACCUUUAAAAUUCUCCUUGUUAUUGGUAUAAAUAUUUUGAAAUUUAAAUAUUUACUUCCUUUUAAAAUUUUAUUUAAUAUAAGUUUGAUAUAUUUCAUAUAUACAGACUAAUGAAGUAAGUGACACUUCCCCUGAUACCCUCCCUCCCACACACAGUCCAACCCUUUCUCUUCCCUCUCACAUUCCCACUUAACUUUUACAAAAUCUGUUUUCAGUUUACUUAAUGAUUGUAUAGUUAACCCUACACUAAGUAAGAGUUCAACAAGUCAGCAAAUAGUAUGAAGCAAAAAAAUAAAAAAAAAAAUCACUGUUCCUCAAUGGAAGAGACAAGGGCUCUAAACAAUCAUCAAAUCUCAAAAUGUGUAUCUAACUCCAAUACAUUACAUUUUAGGUACUCUAUUAGCUACCUCAGAUCAGGGAAAACAUAGGAUAUCUGUCUUUCGGGGACUCGUUUGUUUUACUAAGUAUAAUGGUUUCCAGUUUCAUCUAUCUUGUUGCAAAAGACAGGGUUUCUUUUUCUUUCUUUCUUUUUUAAUAACUGAGUAGUACGCCAUAGUGUGUAUAUACCAUAAUUUUCUUAUCAAGUCAACAAUUGAUUGAUAUCUGGAUUGUUCCCAGAUCUCAGCUAUUGUGAAUUGUGCUGCAAUGAACAUGGGGUUAUAGAUAACUCUUGCAUAUGCUAAUUUCUUUUCAUUUGGGUAAAUUCCAUGGAGUGGGAUGGCUAGAUCAAAUGGUAGGCCUAUAAUCAGAUUUGUAAGAUAUCUCCAUACGGUCUUUCACAGUGGCUUGCACCAGUUUACAUUCCCACCAACAGUGGACCAGGGUAACUUUUUUCCACAUCCUCAUCAGUUUUGUCAUUUGUUGAUUUCUUUAUUUUUAUUUAUUUAUUUAUUUUGGAUAGGCAGAGUUAGGCAGUGAGAGAGAGAGACAGAGAGAAAGCCUUCCUUCCAUUGGUUCACCCCCCAAAUGGCCACUACGGCUGGCGCGCUGCAGCCAGCAUGCUAUGCUGAUCUGAAAGCAGGAGCCAGGUGCUUCCUCCUGGUCUCCCAUGUGGGUGCUAUUCUUUCUUCCCUAGUUCUGACUCUUUAAAAUUAUGGGAUUUGAUUCAAUGCACCAGGUCUUAAAUUUAAGGUUUUAUUUCCUGACUUUUGAACAACCAAAGAGACAGAUUCUGUGUUAUUGUAAAGUAAUCUACUAUGUUCUCCUAAUGCCUCUUAAGUUCUAAUUGUUUAAAACAACUGAGUUUUAAAGGAGUUAUGAUUUGAUCAAAUCUGGCCCUUGGGCUAGAUGGUGAAAGUGACAUCUUAAGUUUUAACAUAUUUAUAUAUAUAUAUAUAUGAUUAAGUUUAAAAGUGACUGUAUUUGACUGCAUUAAGUUUUAAAUUGGUCAUAUAGGAGGCACUAAUUGUUAAAGUGAUCAUAUCAACAGAAUUAAAGAGUAGUAAAUGCUUCAACAUGGGAAGCAGUCCGUACAGCAGACUCAUAGAAUGGCAAUUGCUCUAAGUAACGCUCAAUGACCUCAGAGUCAUCCCUAAAGGCAUUCUGGUCUGGCUAAAAAGCCCACAAGAGCAUUUCAGGCAUGGAAAGUCAGGACACUUGUGCAAAAAGGUGUGCCUACAUGGAGAGUCUCCCUGGGUGAGACUCCUGUGGAAAGAAGUGGUCAUCAAAGAAGGAUGUACUCUCUUCAAAGGGAGAACUUUCACUUUGCUUACGGCCUUCCCUAAAUAUUGAUGGAGUUUGUGGAUUCAGAAGGCUUCCAUAGCCUAGACAGUUCAUGUCAAGAGCCUUGGGUGAUCACUGACAGCACACAAAAGAGUGUAAAUUGUGAAAUUAACCAUAGGAGUCACUGUGCACUAACUUCCCAUGCAGGACCUUAAGACUAUGCUUAAAAAACAGAGGGGAGAGUACGGUACCCCCACUAUCAGUGUAUUAACUUUGCUCCUUUCACCAUAAAGUUCUUACAGGUCUCACCCCCUGGAGAGCCACCAGCAGUGAGACACUGGAGACCUUUCACAGGUGCAACCCAAUUGCCUCUGGUUUGAUGGAGGGACCCAACCACCCAACAAUGGAAGGUGCCUGAUCCCCUCAUAAUGAUGGGCAAACAUUUUGCUUGUGCUUUCCAGAGAUCACUCUGCAGCCUGUGUGGAUAGCAACGUGAAAUGCCAAACCCUGGACCCAGUCUCUGAAAGCUGACCCUCUACAAACCAACUUCAGCACCUUUCCCUGAACAAGCCAUUCAUAGAAAGAUCCUCUUCAGAUGGGCUACAGCUUAAAUGGAAGGGACCUUACCAGGUGCUACUGAACAUGACUACCUCGGUAAAAUUAGGAUUAAUGUCUACCUCGCAAGUCCUCACAGAUGUACUCAAAAGACAUGCCUGAUUAUUCCUGUAAGCCAGAGAUCUUAAGCAAAAAGGAAAGUAAAGCCUUUGCUUUCCUCACAUCAAGAGUGCUGCGCCUGAAGGCAGGCAUGGUGUACCUGCCUCUUUGAUUCUCUCUAUUAUUAACAAUAAAACUCCUAAUGUGUUCCUAUAA